AAUGCGGCACUCAGUGCGCAUGCGCCAGUUUACAGGAAGUGUUAACGUUUUCGUUCUACCAGCUGUUAGCCAAAUUGUCAACAGUCAAGCUUGCGAUACCUGCAUUGCUGAAACGACGGGUUAUAAGAGGUGAAGACAUCCUCAGCGAGAAUCGACUACGCUCGGGGAAAAGGCAGCGCAGGUGACUGACACAUCCCAGAAGCACCCAUCUCCACCCCAGGGAGGAGGCCCAGCCGCCCACCCCACCCCCCUUCCCCCCGCCGCUGACUCCUACACGGGUUCAGUAUGAGCUCCAGAGGGAGUGGAGGCCGCUCCAACGGCACACUACCACAGACCAAGAUCUGCCAGUUCAAGUUGGUGCUGCUGGGCGACAUGGCCGUGGGCAAGUCCAGCCUGGUGCUGCGCUUCGUCAAAGGCCAGUUCGACGAGUUCCAGGAGACGACUAUCGGAGCUGCGUUCCUGGCUCAGUCGGUGUGUCUCGAUGACACCACAGUAAAGUUUGAGAUCUGGGACACCGCAGGACAGGAGCGAUACCACAGCCUGGCUCCCAUGUACUACCGCGGCGCUCAGGCCGCCAUUGUCGUCUUUGACAUCACCAAGCCGGAGACCUUUGAGAGAGCCAAGGCCUGGGUGAAGGAGCUGCAGAGGCAGGCCAGUCCGAACAUUGUUAUUGCUCUGGCCGGGAACAAGGCCGACCUGGCGGAGAGGAGACUUGUGGAGUAUGAGGACGCCCAGACGUAUGCUGAAGACACCGGCUUGCUCUUCAUGGAGACCUCUGCUAAGACGGCCAUGAACGUCAACGAGCUCUUCCUGGCCAUCGCAAAAAAGAUGCCAAAAACAGACACCCAGAACCCUACACAUGCAGCGCGACACCGGGGGGUCAACCUCCAGGACCCAGACGCCCACUCCACCCGAGCCUGCUGUGGUGGGAACUAGACCUCCACGACCCCCACCAGUAUUCCACCAUCCGCACCACCAACCACAGCCCUUCAACCAUCAUGUCUCCUUCGGCCAACUUAAAGGGGUGGGGCCCCGAUGCUGAGAAACACAGUAUCCACUCACAACCCCUUACCCUCCAUUCAUCCUCCUGUCAGAGCAGACAGAAGUUCAAAGGAGAGAAUAAAAGGAAAGGAAGAGCAGACGGAGUCGGAGGAAGACACAAAAAUGUUCCCCGUCCGUGUCCCUCGUCCAACGAGUGCGUUUGGGGAAAAUUACAAAGAGGAAGAAAUAGAAUGCGGAAGACAGUGGCAAGCCUGUUGUAGUAUUUAGCACACAUUUGUGAAGUUUCUUUCGUGUUCAUCCUGCCUUGCAUCAUUUCGGUCACAGCCCUGAUUUCGUGGCAAACGGCCUAGAAAGGAGAGAGAAAAAGAAAAGAAGGGGCCUAGACAUAAAACAACAAAAAAAAGCCACAUUUUGAGGUUGCGACUGCUUUCUUCGUCUACUUUUGUCAGAGCUCGCACCCGCUUGCUUUGCCUCCUCCAACGCCUGAAUCAAUCAAACCCCGCUGUGAAUAAUGCUUCAUAAUGUACCCCUGGAAUGAUCCCAUCGUUUGUAAUCCUUUCCCGACCUUCCAUGAGAUCCACGGCACGGUUUGCCGAGCAUAACUCCAUUUGUACGUAUAUUUAUUGUCCCGUUGUGUUGACUCCUCCCACUUGCGUUUCUCUAAACUUGACACAACUCGCUGACUUUACUUUGUGUCUCUCAUUGAUCAGACUUGCUUGUUUAACAAAAGGUUGCUGAAGUGCCGUGUUCCCAAAAAUAUUUAGGGUUUUAAUGUUUCAGUGCUCAUACGGGCAAAAUGUGAAGCACCAAUACGGACUUGAUCUGAAGUGUUUGUGUGUGACUUUAAUAUUAUGUAUGAUCAGAAAACUGUUCACUAAUUACAUCUGUAGCAGAAAAUGUAUCCCUCAAACACAAAGAAAGUAAUACUGCAUUUAAAACAAGACUUACUAAAUCUCUUUAUUCAAUAAAAAGCUUAAUAUCACUUUUUGAUUGUUACAUUGAGUGAUGGAGCUAAUUGUAGUAGCAGGCAAUUUGGUUGUCCAUCUAUGGCUCUUUGCCCAGAUUAUAGGAUAUAUUGGGAUAGGAAUGAGAUUUCUAAUAAACCUGUAGGAGAAAAUGUGA